AUGCCGUAUCUUAACUCUAGCUCACUUUUUGAAAAAGAUAGAAUAUCUCAGACAUAUGUGCCUAGGUUUGUGAAGCCUUCAAACUCUCGAUAUUCAAAUAUAUCUACACAAUGUCUUCAAAUAUCUGAUAAAACUUCCGAUUUUUCUAUUGUUCAACACAAUUGGAAAUUAUCUAAUUUGGCAGAUGUUUCUUCAACUGAUAAAAUUAAUAAUUUAAGAGUUUCCACAGGAUCUUUUGUUGGUGGGCAAAUUGUUUCUGAUAGAUUCGAUAAACUUUAUGCAAGUAGUCCAAUGCCUAAAUUAGUAAAUGCAGCUUAUUUUAAAUUAUCAAAUUCUCUUCCUUGUGGUGAAUCUGAAACAUCUAGUGUUUUGAAAACGGCUACUUUUUCAUUAGGUAUAUCUGAAAAGAUUGUUCAAAACUCUUGUCAUAUAAUACAACAAAAGCAAAUAACGCAUAAUGCUGGACCUGUUAAAACGUGUUUUGGAAGUUCUGAUUUUUCUUCAAAGUUUAAAAAAUGCGAUGAUUCUUGUAAUUUAUUGGGAAAAAAUGAUUUAAACAGUAUAUCUCAGAAUAAUCAAAAUGUUAAUAUUCAGAAAUAUAAUGAUCAUUUAAAAACAUUAAAAAGACCUAGCUAUCUUCCUCCGUUGAAAAAAGUAAAUACAAAAUACAUAAAUCUUGACUCUGAAAAAAAUAUUAAAAAUAUUUGUAAUACUGAAUCAUUUUCUGAUGUUUCAAAAAUGGAUGAAAUUAAAUAUUCUUCAACUAAAGGAAUUCCAUAUGAACAAAAUCCCUUAGCAAAAAAUGAUUUUAAAGUGCCUUUUUCCGGCUUAUUUAAAACUGGUAUUAAUUCACAAGGCUCAUGUGUUACAAAUGAACCUAAAUGUUCAGCUGUUUCUUCCUAUAAUGAUUUAUCUCCAGAAGAUAUUUCUGGUAAUGGUAAAGAUAACAAAUCGAAAGAAAUAUAUCGUAGAAAAGGAAAAAAAAAAUCAAAUGGAAAGGCAUUCAAUAAAUCUUUGACAAAAAGAGCCCCAUUUUCUUUGACCGAGAAUGAAUUAAAAAAUCUUUCUAUUUUUGGGGGUUAUAUUUCUGAAGAAAAGCUAAAGAGAAAGAGGCGUCCGCCAAGAAAAUGGUGGCUUGUAAGUUCGAAUUAUUCUUGCGAUUCUUCGGAAAAGGAUAAAACAUUUCUAACAUUAGAAAAAAAAAAUGGAAAUUCUAAAUUACGAUCUGUUAAAAUUGAAAAUGAUAGACAUAUCUGUAGCAAUACUAUGAAGUUGACGGGCAAACAUAUUUAUAAUUCUCGUGCUUAUGCUGGAAAUAAACAAGUAAACCCGAAUACCGUGACAAUAAAUGCAUAUGAUUUCUCUGAUUAA